CACUUCAAAAAGAGUCUGGCUUUCCCCCUUAUUUCAGUCUGCCUCCCCUUAAGAACAGCUCCCUGCCUCACUCACUCCACUCACCCCCGUCGCCCCGCCCACUGUGAACACCUCGAUCUCAUCAGCAAAAAACACAUCCAGGUUGUAUACCGGAACCGGUGGCACGUUGGGGUGCAGCGGCUGCAACAUCGUUGCCUCCCAUCCCGCCCUCACGCAGCACCGCCCAUCCGCCCCCUGCGCCCAACCCAAAGGCGGUGGCGCCCACAUCCCCAGCCACUCGAAUCCUCCGCCCACGCUCACCUUGGCUAGCUGCCCCUGUUGCUCGUUGUUUGCUUGCGAGACAGUGAUGCAGUAGGGCAUCACCGAGGGCGACUGGAAGGUGGGCGGGGAGGCGCCGGAUGCCUUGAAGACGAGCCCCGCCGCCUCAUAGGCAUUGAGAGCUACAUGCGAGGGCGGCUGGAUACUCUCGUCAAUGAAGCAGCCGUGCAUGUCUCCGUCCGAGCGGACGAGGAACAGCAGGCCCCUCGCAUCGCCCACACGACCGAGCAUAUCGGUGUACCCAUGCCCGUGCUCAGUCGCCCUGCAACAGGGACAGAGCAAACACCACAAACAGCACAUGAGCCAGGCGGAAGAGAUGGUCGAUGGCUCAUUCUUACUUGUAGAGAAGCUCAAUGCCUGCGAUGUGUAUGCCUGUCUUCUGCAGUAUGGCCAUCAGCUGAGCGGCAGAGGCGAUCACCGAGGGGCUGGUGAGACACGGCCCGUCGCCAUGCAGCCGCAGCAUGGGCUCCAUCAGCAGGUCGCGUUGCUGCAUGACGGCCAUGAGUGGUGCCUUGAGCCGUCGAGGCGCACAGGGGGGAUCGAUCACACUCAUGAGGCUAGCAGCAUACAUGCGGCCGGCGAAGUCGGUGGCGAGCGCCUCGGCUGCGGCAUCGGGCGGGAGGGAGGGGAGGUAGUGUGACAGCUGCUUGACUGUGGCCUCCAGGUUCAUGCUCAUCUCCAGCCUCUGCUGCUGCUCCUCCGUCUGCAUCAGUGAUGCGAGCAGCUGGCCAGUCGACGAGUAGGCAAACGCCACCUUGCGAAACUGGUGGAUAAGCACAGACACAUUGCAAGGAAAUGACACGGUGCCUCCUGCCCUCCACCCAUGCACAUCUGUCCCGAUGUGUGCCCAUACUUACCGCUGCGAUGUGCUCUGCGGUCAUGAAGAGCUCUAUCUGCCCUUCCGGGAGGUCCAUGAAGCUGGAGAUCUGAUGCGCACCGGCCGUCAUGACGUAACGCGCGUCUGUGUCCAUGGCGUGGAUGGCUAUCUGCUGGGGCGCAAAGCGUCGCUCCACGGCCUCCAUCAGGUCACCCAGGUGGGAGCGAUGGGGCAGGACGACCGUCAGCUCAGAGAUGGACUCUACUUCGAGGGCCGACAGAAUGAACGUCCCCGGAUCGACCACAGCGGCAGACGGCACUGCAACAAUCGAGACACGGAGACACAGAGACGCUCGAGGGGAGGGUGGAUGAGCGCAUUCUUCCCCAUCUCUUGGCCACUUACCGUCUAGGUGCAUGACCAGGUUUUUGAUGCUAGGCAGGUCGUCCUUGUGAUCCCCCAGUGUGAUGCCCUCCCUCUCGUCCUCAGCCUUGAUGAGGUCGCCGCCACCCUCGGACACAAAGCCCAGACUCAGGCGGUCGAUCUCACCAUGGCCUCGGCUGGUGAGAGCCUGGCGCGCCUCUGCCUCACUGCCGGACAUUGCAAGGUCGCUCAGCGAGGUCAUUUGUGCUCUCAUGAGUGCCGCCAGGCGGAUGGCGAUGUCUCCUUCGGCGAUGAGUGUCUUGGCCCCCCGCAGCCGUCCGUCGAAGGGCAGCACAGGCAGCUGCCGCCCAUCUCCUGGCGUCAGGGACGCGAACUGGAUCCGGUUCGGCAUCUGCGAUGCACGAAUGCCCUUGAGCAGGUCCAGCACGUCUGCCGGCGCCAUGUCCAUCAGCUGCAGGUUGCCGAGAUGCGCCCCCUUGCUGAGCAGCAUCUUGGCCACUCCCAGCCCGAUGCGGCUCUCGACGGUCAGACCUGUCACCGGGAGGAGCCCGAUCGGGCUGAAGGCGUCGAGCUCGGGCGGCUCGGGUGGGAUGGCAUCGGGUGGCGGGGUCCAUCCGUCCGCACACUCGAUGGAAAUGCUGUAUCCCUCAGGUGGCGCCUCACAAGCUGGGAACACCAGCCCACUCUGCAUGCUGUGAGCGAUGGGGCCGUUCCGGGGGAGGGCAAGUUGGUCCUGCGUGACCGUCCAGACGUAGCGGCAUUGGGAGGGGCUCGGACCAUGCGUCUCGAGUCUCGGGCAGACGAGACUGCUAUCCGAGAUGCCACGCCGCGCACCGUAUGUCUGGAGCAGCGUACAGAGGAGUGGGGAGCCGCAGGGGGGCAGCUUGCUGAAAUCGAAGCGGGUGUAGGCCAGCAGGUGGGGGAGGGGAAUGUCUUGCACCUCCUCGCCGUCGGCAGGGGGCUGGAUGAAGAUGCCGACCUCGCCCGAGGGUGAGCAGAUUGCGUCGAUGAAUGUGGCGAGGGCCUUGAAUGCCGCGUAGUCGUUGAGGAUCAGCGAAUGACAGUCGUUGGGAUGCACCUCCACACCCAGGAGAUCCAGAGACUUCGAGCAGCCUCGAUCCACCAAGCACGCCUGAAAGCAGAAAGAACACAAUCGACAGAGCCAAGAAGCUAUCAAUGCCGUGGCUGGCCCUCCUCAGUCUUCUGUGUGUCCCCUCGUGUCUUUCUUUCUGUGUCACCCACCUGGAGGUCCCGAAGGCCGUCUAUAAGAUCAGCCGAUUCGAUAUCGAAGAGCUUGAUGUAGCUGAUCGUCUGCAGCUUCGCGAGAGGCCCCUGGCUCCCCCGCUGCCCCACUGGAAUAGACCCGAUCAGCUCCGCUACCUGUGAUGGCGCCGGCAGGCCUUCGCGCAGAUCGACCAGGGACCUCGUCGUGGCAACGAACGGCCUGAUGUGCGCUAUCUCGUCGGACACAUGCGUAGACACGCACUCGACGGCCGGUGUUGUCCAUCCCCGCCCAUCGAUGACCGAGUGGGCAGUGUGAACCCCGAUGGCCUCGGUGAGGGCCGCCAGGUUGAUGGGGUGGGAUGGGGCGGCAGCAAGAGGAGCAGAGUUGAUGGUGUUCAGCUGUUCAGCCUCGGAAAGUGCGAGAUCCGAAAUUACCACCGGCUCGAAGCUCAGUGACUUGAGCGAGCCCUCGGGCAUGCCGGUGACUGGUCCCUCCUUGUCGCGCGCCGCCUGUCGUCCCGCCGCAUGGCCCUCCACCAGUGCGAUGACAACCCCGCGGCACCACCCAAAUGCACGGACAAAGUGGCCAUCUUCGGUCCCUUCUGCCCCAUCAGGUGUCUGCGGAAAUCGAUGGACGAGACACUUGAGGUUGAUCAUCUGUUGGCCGAGCUCGUAUGCCGUCUGCGGCGCCAUGCUGCUCCAGAAUCUCCGGUGGCGAGUGUUGCUAUAGUCGAUGACGAGCUCGGUGUGGUGCUGCAGGACGACGCCGCUGAGUGGGGAGGGGAGGGGCGGCUUCAGACACCACACGGGAUUGACAAACGCAAAGACGCCGACGUGAAGCUCUCGAGGCUGUACACACACCGACGGCAGAUACAAAGGAAUGAAUGCAUCUGCCACCUUCACUUGAGCCAUCUGUUUGUCGAUGCAUUCCUACGUACCAUGGAGAUGCCCGACCAGCCCUGCAUCCGAAUGGCCUGCCCUUCAGCAGCACCCACAAGAACCAAAGAAGGACGACUGCACAACACAUUGGAUGCUGCUGUUUGUGAUCUACCUUGAAAACGGCCGCAGCAGCCUCACUAUCCUCCGCACCGCCAUCAGCGGCAUCAUCGCCAUCAGCAGACGACGAGGCGGCUUCAGCGUGGCCACCAAUACCUGCACGAAAUGAGAUGCAUCAGCAACAGCCGAAGAAUGCACCAUCAAUGGCUUCAGUACCUUGCUGCCGGGCGACUGGUCGCCAGAUCUGCCGCUUGCGAGCCAUGCUUGAGCGUCAAUAGCGAUAUCUACCACGACGUCUACAAAUCGUCGCCAGGGAAAGAACGGCGAGGAACGGCCAGGAAUCCUGCGAGCUCUCGGCCAGGACAACAGCAAAUAAAAGGCAAACGAGAAGCAGGGCGGACCUCUCGAAGCGGGCACCGGCAACCUUGUGCUUUUCGACAU